AUGAGCGCCAAUGGAUUGCUCCGUAAAGAUCAGCUCGAAAGAAGUCUUCACGACGAGAAGAAGUUGAUCGAAGAGGGAAUCUUGAAGGAAGACAACCCCCUCGACUUCAGCGAGAAUUUUCAAAAGUUAUGCAGCGCCUGCAGACGAGGCGACUUGAAAGUCUGCCAGGAGAUGAUACAAGAGGGCACCAACAUCAACGCCAAAGACCAGUACGAUUAUACGCCUCUUAUAUUGGCCAGUUUAUGCGGACACUACGAAGUAGUGCAGUUAUUGUUAGAAUCCGGCGCCCUCUGUGAGCGAGACACGUUUCAAGGAGAGAGGUGUCUAUACAACGCCCUGAAUGAUCGAAUACGAAAUCUACUGCUUUCCUAUGACUACUCGAAAUCGACUGAUCCCUUACAACCACUGGCAUCACACCUGAUCUCGUUACUCACCAGAGAACAACCCAAGACCUCCGACAUUUCAGUUGUAACUACCCUUGAGUCCUUUCACCUACAUAAAUUCAUCCUUUCAGCACGAUCCCCUUACUUCAGGAGCAAACUCUCAGCCGCGCCAGACACGACAUCGUGGAAACUUCCGUCAACUAUCCCUCCUCAAUCCCUCGGCAUCGCUCUCAAACAUCUAUACCUAGGCGAAAUACCCCGAGAGCUCGGUGGCGGUCCAGGCACAGGUUUCACCGAUUCCGAAGUGCUCGCCGGAGUGGACCGGAUCAGCAAGCACCUCGAGAUUCAAAACCUGUCACAACUCAUUCUGGAUAGUAGCGACAGACGACUGGCCCGGCAAAGACGCCAAGACGAAGUUGAAAAGGGUCGCGACCAGCUUGAACAGUGGUUCCGCGAAAACGUUCUCAAACACGCAAUCGAAACCGACACGUCCCGCGCCGAUAGCAUCAAAUGGGACCGAGACAAUGGUAUCUUUGCGGACGUCCUCCUUCGGGCGGACGAGGACGAACCCGAAGAAGAAGAAGAAGCCACCAACGGUACUGUUGACGACUUGACUCGACCACGUACAACGUCCACCAACGCGCUGGGCAUUCCCUUAGACGGGCCGCCUUCGCGCAACUCGCGUGCUUCUUCGCCGUCUCGGCGGCCCCGCCGUUGCAAAAUCUACCCAUGCCACAAGGCCAUGCUCAUUCGCUCCGAGUUCUUCAUGACAAUGUUCGACUCGCCGUUCCGCGAAGCUCAACACACGCCGCACCUUCAGAUUGUGCCGAUAGACUGCUCACCGCAAGUGCUCGAGAUCAUCCUGACGUUUCUGUACACGGAGCAGACAAACUUUGGCCUCGACAUUGCCGUCGACGUCCUCUUCGCCGCGGACAUGCUGUUCUUGGAAAAAGUCAAGGCCAAAGCAGCGCUCGUCAUCUCGACCCUCGGAAACGGCACGGCCACGGCCAUGGCCCCCGACGGUCCCACACGCGAAGAUGAAGAUAUGGAUAUCUACGAGAUCCUUCGUGCCGCCUGGCUGACACGCGUCCAACGGCUCGAGGAGUUCGCCGCUCGUUACAUUGCGUACAGGCUGGAGGCGUUCAUUGACGACCCGGAGUUUGCGGACCUGGUGAAAGAGUCCGCCGGCCGCAUCAGCGCAAGACAGGAAACGGACUCGAUCGAGCUGUUGGACGAUAUACGGUACUAUCUGUCCGAGCGUUUCAGGUUACGUUUCGAAGACUCCGGCCUGGAAGAUGUCAUGGACGAAGAGGCGGCCAUGGCGGCGGCCGCGGCCAACGCUCUCCCCAACGGCCCUCCCGUGGAAGACGGCUUCGUCGCUGAGACCACUGAAACCGUCGCGGCCGCCGCACAGUCCGCACCACAAGCUCCAAAGGCGCUAGGUGGCAUGUCCCCAAGUCAAUCUCAGCAGAUGCCUGCCGACGAAGGGGUGGACAUGAGUCCGCCAGAGAACGCGAAAGUGGAAGAAGCCACAGCAGAGUCGCUUCUGCAGUCGGGCGCCGUCAGGACCCUGGACGGAGAACUGGCGGGUGACGAGUUCGCUGCUGAUGCGGUCAACUACCAGAUUCUGCUGGGCAAGAUUGACUCGCUGCUUGAGCGGUUGAAGUUGGACGCCUAA